ACUUGCGGGCGGUGCAAAAUUGACGUUGACGGGCGAAUAUAGUGCUGAUUGCGCGCGUGUAUUGACACAUAUAACAGUACUAUUUUGUUUGUUUGUCAAACAAAUUUGUUGUUUUGCUCAUCUGCGGCCAGACAGACGGUGCGUUGGCAAGCAAAGUGAUAUUGUUUGGUAGUCGAAACAAGUUUAUUCGUGCAUUUUGUAUAAAAUAAAUGUAAUUCAUUGAAAAAUGAGUGGCGUGUAAGCACACAAAACUAGUGUUGUGCAUAAUUUAAUGUUGAGCUGCGUUUAGUAGUGGCAAAAUAUCGAUAAAUUCGGCGGUGAAGCCACAAGACGGGGUGUGUAUGUGGCGAAAGGUGUGUGAAAAACGCGAAAACUAGGAAAAUAAGUGAAAUUCGUGGCAUAAUUUUGGCAAGCAAAUGUAAAUAAAGCUAACCAACAAUUUUAGCACUUCGAAAGCUGCGAAUUUUAUGCAAUAUAAAGUGCAACAACAACAUUAAAAGGCAUCAAAUAAAAUAUUUAAAAUUCAGUAAGAGAAGGAGCUUCAGCUUUAAACAGUGCUACCGGAAUGCGCGAGAGACUCUCUGGGGCAACUAGUUAAAUGUGGUAGAUCGCAGAAACAACCAAGAAAAACAAAAUUAAAAUGUUUAUCAAAGUAUCAGUGCACAAAAAGUGAGGUUAAGGCCAUAACGGCAAUUUACAAACAGCUGUGCGCCCUAAAUGAAGUUGACAAAGUUGUUAUUGGCCGACCAGUGUUUGCUUGACUAAAUGGUAUCAAAGCAGCUCUAACCCAAAUAUAAAUAAGGCACAGAUUUUAGAUAAAAAAAUCUGAAAAAUAAAUAUCUUUGAGCGCAGUACGCGGUUGUGGGCGCUCAUCAUGAAUAAAAUUUCAAGUGCAAAGAAAAACAAACAAAAUUUGUUAUAAUCCACGAAAAGAAAACUAAAAUUUGGUUGCGACCUUUUCUGCUGCCCGCCACACCUACCUUAGUGGCAUGGCGACGCCCACAAAGUACUAAAACCACUCUAACGGUAACUAUAAAUAUGUAUAUACGCAACAACAACGACUUCUAAAAAAACAACUAGUGACAAAGUGCGUGGCAAAGAAGUCGAAAAAAGUGUGAAAAAAAGUUCGAAAAAAGUGCGAAAAAGAAAAAUUGCCGAAAAAACCGAGUGGCCGUCGAGAAAAGUGAAGAAAAUACCGACGAAAGUGCAAAAGGAAGCGGAUGACAGCAAUUGCGAUAAAGUGACAAUGAAAAUUUUUUUCUCGCCGUAAUGGCUAUGAAAGCGCACAAUUUCACAUUACAACAACGAAAACAACAAUAGCCGGGCCAGCAGACACAACGGACACGCCUCGAAGCUGCAAGUGCCGACCACUGCCGCGCGCCGCUGUCUAAAAUGGAUGAUUUAUAAGCUCGCAGCCAAACGCGCGCGAUUUCAAUACGAAAGUAAAAGAAAUCCAACAGCUGUGGGAAAAUCAGCGCAACGAAUUCAUAUCAAACUUUGAACAGAGUAUUUAGUGGAGCAAAAGCAACGAAGGAGUGCGCAGCAAAGCAGCACAAAAAUACGGAUAAAACAACAAUAACACACAGCAGCAAAAGCAGCAGUUGCAGUUUCUUUAACAUUAAAAAAUUAAGUCGCAAGCAAACACAAGCUGCCUGAAAGCACUAACAGUUACAUCGUCAGAAACUUCGAAAAUGAUGGACAGCACAUUAAAUCACACCCCAUCUACCGUAAUCCCAAUAACCGUUGCAUAACAAACGCAGGCACUAAACCUCUCAUUGCCGCAACAUGAACAUCGAACAGCAGAAAUUCCCACCACCACCAACGAACUUGCUGUCCGAUAGCGGUUACACCAACGGCUAUGCCACACCCAGUGGCAGCAGCAUUACCACAACCUCAGCAGACACAUCAGCGUCGUCGCCUGCCUCACAGACGACCACCUACGUGAAUAUACCGAUUAUACCACAUGGUCAGCUGCCCGCAUCCGCGUCAUCCACAUCAAACGCCUCACCACCGCUGCCGCCACCACCACCUUCAACCAUAUCAAUGAUGGCGGGCGGUGGCAGCACACCGAACAGUGGCGGUACAAGCACCUUCAAGACACCAUUACUGCCCAUGCCCACGCUCGAGGACAUCGAAGGCGGCCUGCUGGCUGUCACCACAGCUAAUGCGCCCACCCCAAUGCCUGUCGGUAUACUCAAGUAUCCGAAUGCUGCCGCAGCGGCCGCCGCAGCAUCGGUAGCAACAACACCACUUACACUGCCACCAUCUACGUUGAGUAUGUGCGGCAGUGGCAUGGGUCCGGGGCCACCACCGACGCUAAUGCAAGCGCCUGCUCUAUCGUUACCCGCCUCAACUGUGUCUAGUGGUUAUUUGAGUGGUGUUACCAGUAGUUAUCAAUCAGCGUCACAUGCGCAACAACAACAACAGCAAUUACCACCUGCCACACUCUCACUAAACAGCGAUAUGCUGCAGCAUCAGACGACACCAAUAACGGUACUUUCAUUGCAGCAUUCCACGCAACAAGCGUUACCACCACCACCAGCGCCCUCUGUGGGUCUACUCAAUAGCAGCAGCGGUGUUGCGCUUGGCUUAAAUACGAGCAGCAAUGCCAAUAUGGGGCGUAAUAGUCACCAAUCUAAUACCACCGUUGGUAUGGGCAGCUCCGGUGCUGCAACAACAAGCAGUAACGUGGAUUCAAAGCGCUCGCCAAAAUGCUGCGGUUGUUUUGGUAGUAGCCACUCUUCAUCAACAACGAAGUCACAGCACAAAAAGCAUCGCAAACAGAAGGCACAAACAAUUUGGUCCGCUCUGUUAACGAAUCUGGGGAUCUGUGCAUUGCUGCUAGCCUACACUUUAUUGGGUUCAUUCAUAUUUCUAACAAUCGAGAGCGAAGACUCAACGUUCCUGCAUCAUCAUAAUCACCAUCAUCAUCCCAGUCAUCAUGCAGUGCUGCAGCGACAACGUCAACAGCAACAACAACAGCGCACACUCGCUUCCACUAAACGUGGUGGCGGUAAUAUGGAAAAUAUUUAUCACACUUCACCCGAACAAAUGCAUCUGGACAAUGCCACAGCGUUAUCGUCACAAAACGCAUACGCCCCGCACACCGACGCCGCCGCUGCUGCUGCAAACGCUGCGGCAUCAUUAUCUGGCACGGCUGCUUAUUCUUCUACGUCAAAUGUCGCUUCCGCUGCCGCCAAUGCCAUGCUCGAGGGCAUUGUACCGUUGAGCGAUGAGCAUGGCGACACGGGCGUUAUAGAUUUCAGCUAUGGUGAUGAACUGCUCGGCGGCGAUGGCGUCACUUCGGCACAGUUGGCGCUGUCGGCGGACACGCAGGAAGUGCGACAACGCACCAUUGAGAAUAUCUGGGAUAUAACGGUGUCAUUGAAUAUACUCUAUAAGGAGAAUUGGACGAAGCUAGCCGCUUUGGAAAUUGCCAAAUUUCAAGACCAAUUAAUCAAGAGACUGAAUGAGGAUGCGCUACUGCAAUUAUCACAUGAAAUGGAUGGCGGCAUCGCUGCUGGUGGCGGAAAUGGUGCGGCGAUUGCCGGUAAUAGUCCGGCUACGGAAGCUGUACUCCUACACACACACGGCGGUCAAUACGGUCAUGGCCAUGGGCCGCACGAAUGGAAUUUCGCCAAAGCAUUUCUCUACUCGCUCACCGUACUGACGACAAUUGGUUACGGUAACAUCGCACCACGCACUACGCUCGGCCGUUUGGUGACACUCGUCUACGCCAUUUUCGGCAUACCGCUUACGCUCAUUUAUCUCUCCAGUACUGGUGGCAUUUUAGCAAAAGUGGCACGUGAGGUAUUCUCCAAAGCGUUAUGCUGUUGUCUCUGCUCAAAUUGCGGCUAUUGUUGUUACGAUGAAAAGCGUAUGGCUGAAAAGGAGCGUCGCAUGAAGCGUAAACGACAGCAAGAGGAAUUGCGUAAACAACAGGCUGCCUUGCAGGAACCCUACUAUGUGCACGACUCGUACGCCACAACGGAGAAACAAUCAAAUCUACCUGGUGGCACACAAAUGUUGCCACCCGACAUCGAUUCGUUGAGUGCGAGUGAAUCACGUGGCUCCAUGCAUGGGCUGAGUAUAUUGGCGCCAAUUUUGUUGUGCCUUUCAAUGAUGAUCAUCUACAUACUAAUCGGUGCUGUCGUACUAUACCGACUGGAAGACUGGCCCAUACUCGAUGGCAUCUACUUUUGUUUCAUGAGUUUAUCAACAAUUGGUUUUGGUGAUAUGCUACCGGGUCUGCGACGUGAAUCCACUACGACCACAUGGUUUUGUUCGAUUUAUAUCAUGUCGGGCAUGGCGCUCACAGCGAUGUGCUUCAAUGUUAUACACGAGGAGAUUGUGCAUCGCAUCAAAAUCGUGGUAGAAUUCAAGAAAGCAAGCAAUGCGCUGGAUACGAUGGGUGAGGAGCAAGGCUACUAUAUGCCGCCUUGACAAUUUGAGAAGGGCACAAGCUUGUACAAACGCAAUCCCACCGAAGAGACGCUGGUGUCAGGCACGCCAACUUCACUCGCUUACGGCGCACAGCUGGACACAGAUUUAAGUCAGCUGCAUGCGUUGAAGGACUAUGUCAAUCAUGAGCUUGUUCCCAUACUCACCAUGGAUCCGAACAGCUCGUCAACCACCUCAACACAUCUCCUAAAAGGCGCAAAUACCAUGCCUUUAAACAGCUUGACGGCCUACACAAGCGCAUCAACCACGGCUACGACGCCAUCAAGUCUGCUACCGACUGGUGCCGGUCUUACAACCUUGAACGCACCUAUUUUGGACAAUUCCACGUUGUCGUCGCAAUCCUGCUUGGAUCCAUCAAUCAGCGGCAGUGCAUCGCAGGCGGUCAUGAGUGUUUACACUUUGAGUGAGGAACCCGAAAUGGAGACUUCAGCAGAUUGUAUGUAAGUGAGUAGUAGUUUUAGCAGUGAUUUGAGGACAAUGAAAAUUUGAGUAAAUAAGUGAAAGUGUUAGACUAAUCUAUAAAUUUACGUAGUGACUAGGUUUGUAAAUAGUAAAUUUGUAUAGUUUGUGCCAGGAUUGUUAAAAGUUCUGUUGAGACGGCAAGGUAUUGCUUCUUCUUCUUCAUAAUUGGCGUAGACACUGCUUACGCGAUUAUAGCCGGAUAUUCUUAGUUAGCGUAAGUACUUCGGGUACACGUUUUAGUACGCCUUACUAGGUUUUAUGCAUCCUACUUUUUUCUAAACUUCAUUAUUUUUUGCAUGCAAAUUCUGAGCCCAGACCAGGGACUCCUUCCACUCGUUACAACUUUAUAGACCAUCUUAUCGCCGCUGUAAAUGUAAGAAAAUUAAUGGAGUCUGAGUGACUCCAUUCAAGGUUUUACCCAGGCAGCACUUUGAGAGAUUCUUGUUCGCAAAAAGCACUCUGUAAGCUAAACUCAGACCAGAGUCCGUACCUAAGACUUCUUCCAUGCGUUACAGCUUUAGAGAGCAUUUUAUAGCCGGCGUAUAUGGAAAAACAUUAGUAAAGUCUGCUCCAGACAAGAGCAGCUCAUUUGGAGAUUCCUUUUCGUGAAAUAUAAAGAGCUCCAUAUAGGGCUCCAUAAAGCCUUAAGGGAUUUAAAUCGAAGAAACAUUAGUUGAACCACUCAAACAAUCUCGAUAUAAAAUUCAACCAAAAGCUGCAGCGUCUAUAAUCAGAGAGCAGAGAGAAAAUAAUUGAUUUCGAUAUAAGAACCUCCUGUGGUUUUGAAAAACUUAAGAUAGCAAAUGCAGUAUGGAAACAAGGUCCUUUACCCAACAGCUUCUUCUUAGGAAUGCCGCUAACUGUUCGUCUUUACACAAAUGAUUAUCGAAUUGAAAAAGUUUUUCACAGUAUCAAUCAGCUGUUCGGAUUGGGCUUUUUAUAUAAAGAUCACCUUAAAAAUACCACAAAAGAGCGAAAGAACUCGGAAAAUAUCCAACAACAGUUGUCAGCUUAAAUAUAAUGUUACAGUGGUGGCAAGCGUAGAGUCUAGACUCAUUUUGGUUAUGUGAAACCGGCCAGAGCUCCUUUAAACCCAGGAAAUUCUCUCUCAGUAAACAAACAAGUAUAUACAUAUGUUUGUAUGUAUAAAAAUAUAUUUUCAUGUAGAGUCUUUUACCUACAUUUAUAAUCAACAUUAAUUUGUUCAAACAUUAUUUUCAAUUUCUAAAGCAAAAGUUUGCAACGCAGUAUUUGCUAAAUAUUAUUUUUUUUAAAUGGUUAAUACAUUUUCUUCACAAAAAAGUUGGUUGUAGGUUAUUGUAAAAUGUUCCACCAAUAUAGAGCGCUUCAAAUUAUCACUUAUCUGGCAUAUAAAUUUAAAAUAAAAAUGGCCCACAAAAAACAGAAUGAAAAUAUCACUAGUCGAGACAAUGAUAACCUUUUUUAGCAGUACAUUCAUAGGUGUUAAAUAAAUUACUUCAGACCAUAAACAA